AGCAGUUGGCUUCAUUGCCGGUGGUUUUCUGCAGGGACGGAGCUGAGGCUAUUUAAAGAGGCUCAUCCAGGCUCGGAUAAAUAACAGAAGGUUGACUAACCGCCUCUAAAUGCUCCUCAUCCAGAACCCGGCGUCUGUCUGCGGAGACUUUCUGUCUGUCUGUCCGCUGUGACACAAAGAACACCAGAAAAAAAACAGCAAACCUUCAGACCCUGCAGUCGGUCUCCAGCUGCUCUCCUCCACCAGCCUCCGUCUGAAAAAUGGGUAAAGAUUACUACAAAACGCUGGGCAUCUCCAAAGGAGCCACGGAGGAGGACGUGAAGAAGGCGUACAGAAAGCAGGCUCUGAAAUGGCAUCCGGACAAGAACAAGUCUGCAGCCGCCGAGGAGAAAUUCAAGGAGAUCGCCGAGGCUUAUGAGGUCCUGAGUGACCCGAAGAAACGGGAGAUCUACGACCAGUACGGAGAAGAAGGUCUUAAAGGAGGAAGUGGACCCACCGCUGAUGGACAGGGCAGCACCUUCACCUACACCUUCCACGGAGAUCCUCACGCCACCUUCGCCACCUUCUUCGGAGGCUCCAACCCCUUCGAGAUGUUCUUCGGGCGCAAAGCGAACGGGCGUGACGACGAGGACAUGGAGGUGGACGGCGGCGACCCGUUCGGCUCCUUCACUAGCUUCAACCUGAACGGCUUCCCCCGGGACGGACACGUGGGCCUGGGAGGGCAGCAGCGCCGCAAGCAGGACCCGGCCAUCAUCCACGAGCUGAGGGUCACCCUGGAGGAGGUCUUCCACGGCUGCACCAAGAGGAUGAAGAUCUCCCGCAAGCGCCUCAACCCGGACGGUAGGACCAUGAGGACCGAAGACAAGAUCCUCACCAUCGAGAUCAAGCGGGGCUGGAAGGAGGGAACCAAGAUCACGUUUCCUCGAGAGGGAGACGAGUCACCCAACACCAUCCCCGCCGACAUCGUCUUCGUCAUCAAGGACAAACCGCACCCCCACUUUAGGCGGGAAGGAUCCAACAUCGUGUAUCCGGUUCGCGUCAGCCUGCGACAGUCGCUGUGCGGAUGCUCGGUUACCGUGUCGACGAUAGACGGGAAGACGUGCAACAUGAAGAUCACGGACGUCAUCAAGCCCGGCAUGAGAAAAACUGUGGCCGGACAGGGCCUCCCGUUCCCCAAAAACCCCGAGCAGAGAGGAGACCUGGUGGUGGAGUUUGACGUGAACUUUCCCGACACGUUGCCCGGCAACGCCAGGGACGUCCUGAAGCGGCAUUUACCUGCUUAACGGCGACGGACCGGACAGCCCUCGACUCACCGAGGACAGCUCUGACAGAUCACAGAUGGACCCCAACUGACGAAUGUGCACUUUCUAUUUUUGAGUAUUUUGGUGGUUUUUUGAGAAACGCCACGCAUGCAGGCAGAAGACUGUUUGGACUGUUGGUGUCUGGAAGUUUAAUCAUUUUAGCUUUCUGUUUGUUGGAAAUAUUUGUGAAUGAGUUGCCAAAAAAACAUCCCGGAAAAAAAAAACAAAUUUAGUGCCAAAUGAUCCAUUUUUAGAUUUCCGAAUUCUGUUUUUUUAAACCCUCCUGUUGUCCUCAUUUACAGGCACCAAACAAUAUUGUUUCCUUGUCUAAAAAAUAAAAAAAUUCAGCAAAUAACAAAUUUAAACAUUUUUGAAAAUUUGCAAAACCUUCAGGAAGAAAAUUCAGAUAAUUCCUUAAAAGUUUUAUUUUUAAAAAAAAAUCCCACAAAUUUGGCAAGGAAAUUCUUGUAAAUAUUUUUUAAAAAUGAGUAAAAAUCUUCCAAAAAAAUCCUAAAAAUGUCUAAAGUGAUUAUAUUUAUAUAUCAGUAAAACUUAUAAUAUUCAAAAUUCACAUAAAAAUCAACCAAAAUCCAGAAAAUUUCGCUGGAUUUUGGUUUAUAGCUUUUUACAUUUUUAAAAAAUAUUUUUACUAAUUUUUGGAAAAUUUUUACUAAUUUUUUGAAAAUAUUUACAAGAAUUUUCUUGCCAAUUUUGGAGGAUUUUUUAAAAAUAAAACUUUGAAGGGAAACUUUUCAGGAAUUAUUGGACUUUUCUUCCUGAAGGUUUUGCAAAUUUUUAUAAAUUUGGGUAAAUUUUUUGCAGACAUUUUGGAUUUUUUUUUUAGACAAGGAAACAAUAUUUUUUGGUGUCCGUAAAUGAGGACAACAGGAGGGUUAAAAUGGAUUUGAUUUCUGCCUGAAUCCCAAAAUGGUUUCAGUUCUGGACAGUCUCAACAUAUGUGAAGAUUACUGACACUUUUUUCUGCCGUCUUUCAUGUUUUACUUCGACGAGCUUUCCCUUCGGACGCCGUCUUAUGGUUUGUCAAGAGGACAGCGGUGGAAUGAACAGUGUGUGCAUUUUACAGAGAAUUUGUGACGACGUGAAGAACUUGAAUUUUAAAAUAAAUAUUUCCACACGAACUGAUCUCGAGCUGUUUCAGCCGUGGAGACGAAGAGUCCUCCUCCAUGAGAAACAGAACCAGCGUGUUAACUUUAAAAUCGCUUUAAAAUUUGCUAAAUGCUGCUUUUAGGGGUUCUUUCUAGUCUGUGUAGCAACGUUUCACACAAUGGGCACCUGGAAAUUCUAUAUUUUGAUAGUCACAUGUGAAUAUUUUGUUGUUGUUGAGCUUCUACGGUGACAUUUUUGAUGUGCAAAGAUCGAAAUUAAAAAUAUCUUGACUGGA